CACAAACAUUCAGAAACUCCCAAGAAACGUUACUCCUCGCCACCACAAAAUCCCACUCCCACCCUCAAUAAACAAACAAAAACUAAAAGCAAGCCCCAAAUCCCUCCACCUCCUCCUCAAAAAAAUAAAAAAGAAAAAAGAAAAGGAAAAAUCUAACACUUUGGGAUAAACAAAACCAACAACAAGCAAACAACCAGCUCAAAGCUAUUUUACUUCCACUAUCACUUUGCUAAAGAGAAAGCAAGCAAACUCUGAGAUCGAGCCCAAUCGAUCUCAAAAUGGGAGGAGUGACUUCGUCCAUGGCGGCGAAGCUAGCCUUCUUCCCUCCAAACCCGCCAUCGUACGAUCUCACCGUCGACAGCCUCACCGGCCUCCUCACUCUCAGUCGAUUCCCCCAUCGAGAGAAUGUCGAGAUCAUGAAGAUCCCAACUCGAAAGGGGAACGAGAUCGUCGCUAUGUAUGUUAGAAACCCAAUGGCGAGCUCUACUCUGCUGUAUUCUCAUGGGAACGCUGCUGAUCUCGGCCAGAUGUAUGAGCUCUUCAUCGAAUUGAGCAUUCAUCUCAGGGUUAAUCUCAUGGGGUAUGAUUAUUCUGGUUAUGGGCAAUCCUCUGGAAAGCCGAGUGAACACAACACGUACGCUGAUAUAGAGGCUGCUUAUAAGUGCCUUAGAGAGAACUAUGGUGCAAAGGAGGAGGAUGUCAUUCUUUAUGGUCAGUCCGUUGGAAGCGGACCAACACUGGAUCUAGCAACUCGGCUUCCACAACUUCGAGCGAUUGUUCUACAUAGCCCAAUACUUUCAGGUUUAAGGGUCAUGUAUCCUGUAAAGCGCACAUAUUGGUUUGACAUUUACAAGAAUAUUGACAAAAUUCCGCUGGUAAAUUGUCCUGUUCUAGUAAUUCAUGGAACAUCAGAUGAAGUUGUGGAUUGUUCUCAUGGAAAACAACUUUGGGACCUAUGUAAGGAUAAGUAUGAACCUCUUUGGGUUAAAGGCGGUAAACAUUGUGACCUAGAGCUAUUUCCCGAGUACCUUCGACAUCUCAAGAAGUUCAUAUCAACUGUUGAGAAAUCACCAUCCAUAAGAAACACAUGGAGGAUGAGCACAGAUCACUUUGAACCUUCUAGAAGGAGCACCGACUGUUUUGAAUCAUCAAGGAAGAGCACAGAUCGAAGAGAGAAGCCACGGCUCAGCAUCGAUAAGAGAAAUAAAGAUCAUAAAACUAAAGAUAAGUUGGAUAAGUUUAAGAUCUCAUUUGAUCAUAUUGAGAGAUCUCGAAGGAGUGUUGAUUGUCUUGAACGGCCAAAGAGGAACACUGAUCAAUUUGAUAGGGGUCGGAAGAGUGUUGAUCGAUUGGACAGAAUAUGGGCUGGUUAAAUCUUCACACUUUGUUGUAAAUUUAUAUUUGAGCUUGGCUGUGUUUAAUAGUUUGUUUGCCCAUUAAUUUUCGAGUAGUUUGUUCUAUGGAAAAUUGCAUAACAAUAGGUUGGAGUAAGGUGGUGUAAUUGCUAACAUAACUGUAUCUUUUCGGUUUUUACUUUUCUGAGGAUUUUUAAUAAACAUAUAAGUGAUUGGGUUGGUGUAUCUGUUAUUGUACCUCUCUACUUAAGUUGUCUGCCAAAGGCUUGUAAUAAAGGAUAGAAUUGAAGAAAAAUA